UCAAGCCAAAAUGAAGUUAAUGAGGUUGCUAGUAUAGAAACUCCCAGUGAUCUUUUUUCUCAACAAAUGCCUGCCAUUUCAAUUACCUGUAAUGGAAUAUCCAAGAGGCGUCCACAUGAAACAUUAUCAAUACCUAGUACUGCUUUUGAACAAGCAUUAAACUUAUAUGUUAGGUUACAAUUUGACCACUGGGAACAUGUAAAUUUAGUCUUAUUAGCAUACGAAUAA